UCCAACUCUGCCACAUGUUCAUCCCCAAAUUUUUCUUGAAACUGGAUUAAAUUUUGUCGGUACCGAAAGGGUUCAUAGGCGUAUGAGGCAAGUUUCCCCUGGAUGGUCAGUUUUCGCCGCGUUCCAAAGCGAUUCGAGGCGCCUUGAGGCCAUCACUAGUCGAGGGGGUUCCCCCGUUCGGUAGACCGAGCAGGAGAGCCCGAUCCCGUGGCGUGCAGGAGGGACAAGGCUGCUGCCGCCAGAGAACGAAACGUACCACGGUCUCGUGGAUUCUGCCUGCACUCUGCGACCAUUCCGCAGUAACACGUCGUCCAGGUCGCAGGUUUCGCAGCGUUCCCUGACCAUUCGCCACGAGGCUGUUCCUUCGGGACAACCCACGGCACCCGAGUCCGUGGAAAAACCGCGAAAAAUCCGGAGAAUUCACGCGCCAAAUAUGGUUCGAGCGGAUCGGUGAACGGCGAACAGGACGAGUUUCAAAGGAUUCACCGAAGGAGUCGCCAGGUUGCUUCGAGGAUGACGAGCCUCGAUGAAGGUCCACGUAGAGAACGCUCGCUCACCGAUGACGAACGGAAGUGACAGAAAUCUCGACGGUCGAUGGAUCUUUCGGAAUCCGCGUAGAAUGUGUACACGUUUGAUCGUAGCUGCUUCGAGUGACUGUUUCGGGUGACACUUCCGUGACCGGUUGACGAACAGGUGAUUUCCGAGUAUGUUUCGAAAGUCUAUAUUGUUUUUACUACGUUGUUUCGGAGAAAGCCAGGUUGUUAGGGAUCGUAAUUCCGAUCGCUAGUGCAUCGAUUAUCGGCUGAAUCAUAAAUCGCUAUCGCUUUUACGAUAUUGCCAUCGUUUACGUAAUUUUCCUCUGUCGGCACGAAAUUUAUUUAUGUCGGUGUCAGUAAAUUAUCUAAUCGAUAUAUUAACUUUCUAGAUUCUUUUUUACUUGACGCGCUUUAAGUUCUAUCUUGGUGUUUAUCGAUUGGGUCGUAACUAAUUGAAGGUUGUGUUAAAUAAUCAUUUGAGCUUGUAAUAUAUGAGAAAGUUUUUUAGUAAGUGAUACAAGUGAUUUUGGUACAUUUCGUUGACGAAUUUGUUUGCAUAGGAGUUUAAACUCGAGCAAAAUGAUCAGCGAUUUGUGCCGCGUGAUAAACGAUCGAUGGACAAACGACGAAACUGGAAAUUCGAACGAUCCGAUGAAAGUAAACCGCCACGGGUCGUUAUCGUCAAUAAUUUAAAAGCAAGUGCUCCUCGUCGAUAAAAAGUGAAACGGUGCCUGAUCUUGCCGGGGCAAUAAUUAACUCGUCCUUAACGACUUCGGAUACACCCGGUCCGGCAAAAUGGCAAUUUGCAGCAGCUUGCUCAUCAUUCUGCGAUUAUUAUUCGUCGUCGCAUCAUCAACGGUACCAGGAACAUGGAUAAAUGUUGGCCUGCAACACUUCCCACAACUGGAAGCCCAAAUGAUAGAAACCUACGACAUGACAGCGUCCAACAUUUGCCACGGGCUGAAGGGUCUAUCACAGGGCCAAGGGAAGCUUUGUCAGCUGUCCGUGGAUCACAUGCCGAGCGUGGCAAAGGGUGCAAGGUUUGGGAUCGUCGAAUGUCAGCAUCAGUUUCGUGACCGUAGGUGGAAUUGUUCCACUGUUUCUGACGAAUCUGUGUUUGGACCUAUACUUAGAAUAGCCAGCAGAGAAACCGCGUUCGUUCAUGCAAUUACCGCUGCAGGAGUAGUCUACUCGAUUAGCAGAUCCUGUAGAGAUGGCCAAUUAUCCUCGUGUGGCUGUUCAAGAAGUAGCAGACCCAGAGAUCUAAAACGAGAUUGGAUUUGGGGUGGUUGUGGGGACAACCUCGAAUAUGGCUACAAAUUUACACAAGCAUUUGUAGAUGUAAAAGAACGUGAAAGAAGCUUUAAAAGAGGUAGCAGAGAACAAGGCAGGAGUCUGAUGAAUCUUCAUAAUAAUGAAGCUGGCCGAAGGGCUGUUAUUAAAAAAUCUAAAGUCACAUGCAAGUGUCAUGGAGUUUCUGGAAGUUGCAGUUUAAUUACAUGUUGGCAGCAACUUGCAUCAUUUAGAGAAAUUGGUGAUUUUCUUUUGGAUAAGUAUGAUGGAGCAACAGAAGUUAGAGUAAAUAGACGUGGUCGUUUGUCCAUGAGAGAUCCAAGAUUUUCAUUACCCACAGCAAAUGAUUUGGUGUAUUUGGAUGACUCCCCAAACUACUGUCUCCCUAAUGAGACCCUUGGAUCAUUAGGUACAUAUGGAAGAAUUUGCAACAGAACAUCUUCAGGCAUGGAUGGAUGCAAUCUUCUUUGUUGUGGUAGGGGUUACAAUACACAGAAGUCAACUGUGAGAGAAAGAUGUGAGUGCAAGUUUCACUGGUGUUGCUAUGUCGAAUGCAAGACUUGUGUUAAAAAUAUAGACAUUCAUACAUGUAAAUAAAAUUCCAAUCAGUUUUAGAAAUACUUUUAAGAACAAACGUUCCCUUUUGUAAUUUCAGAUAAACUUAAAUUAAUAAGAAUAAUUAUAGUUACACUGUAUAUAUGCACACCUCUUAAUAUUAUAAUAAGUGUUUAGUACAGUACCUUAACAUAUCUAUAAUAUAAUGAUAUAAGUAAUCUCUAGAAAAUUUCCUGCCAUAUACAACUUAAAAUACAUGUUCCAAUUUUUAAUUUGUUCGUAUUUAUAAUUAGUGUUUCUUCCAGCAGUUAAACAAAUUCAAAGAGAAUAACUACAGAAUGAACUCAAUAUUUGUUAAAUCUAUAAAAAGUUCUAUUCCAAAUCAAAUGGAGAAAUAUCCUUUAUAUAAAAGGAAGUUUAAAUAUUUUCAAUGUUAUCUUCUUAAAAAUAUUACUCAUAACUUUAUACACUGAUAUUAAUGAAAUAAUUUAUUAAUUUAUAAACAUAUUAAUCGACAUGUUAAGUGGCCUAUGAAACUUAUGUACACAAAAAUUUUGUAUCAUGCUCAAAUAACUACAUAAUUUUACAAAAUAUUAUGU